AAUUGUCAAACGUAAUAAAUAAAAACAAUACACAAAAGUUGUUUUUAAAACCUUAGAAAAAAAAAUUGAAAAUUAGCCUUUGAUUGAGAUAAAAAUAAUGGAAACAAAAAAAAUUACUUUCGGUUUUACAAAAACCAUCAAAAAACCUCAAUUGCAAGCAAACAAAAAGGAAUCGGUCAUCAAAAAUAAAACAGAGUUAAUAACAUGCUUAGAGGAUAAUAAAAUAAAAUUUGUUGAUGAAUCUCCAAAAACCGAAGAUGAGCGUUUGGUUAUUCCUCUGCAAAAUUCCUCAAAAACGUCAAAAGCUUUGGAAAGUUUAAGACGACGUAAAGCUGUUUUAGAAGGAAUUGACAUUGAAGAAAGCAAAGAUAAUGUGAAACAAAUAUCUAACUCUGAAAGCAUAAACAAUUUACAAUUGGACUCGUUAGAAAAACGUGCUAUUACAGAGUUACUAAUUGAAGCACGCAAAGAUUUCAAUGGAGAUCCAGAAGAAACUGGAUCAAAAUUGACUCUUGUUGUUAAACCAGAAGAUCUACCAUUAGAUGGAGCCGAAGAAUCAACUCUAGAGGAUUAUGGAAAUAUACCAAUCAAUCAAUUUGGUAUGGCUAUGUUAAGAGGUAUGGGUUUAAAGGAUGAAGUAAUCAAAAAGAAAAAGAUCGAAGAUGAUAUUUGCCCACGUCCUAAGGGAAUGGGUUUAGGGGCUGACAAAGCUGUUAAACGUCAACCCAUGUUAAUUCCUCCUGAAGAAAAUGAAAAGCUAGAAAUAAAAAAAAAUUCAUUUAUCAAAAUAUUAGCUGGAAAGUAUAAAAAACAAUACGGUCAAAUUGAAGGUUUAGAUGACAGAACCGGAAGAGUUAUAGUUAAAUUAGCUUUAGGUGGUUUAAAAGAGUCUUUAUGUGAAUAUUUGUUACAACCUGUAUCAAAAAAAGAAUACCAGACAUAUGGAAAGGUUAUAAAUUCUGAAAAAUACGAGGAAUACAAAAGGAAAGCUGAAAUUAAAUUAGCACAAAUUACAAAAGAAGAAAAUUAUCUAAAAGAGGAACCUAAAAUAAAGACGGAAAAAUAUGACGAAAGUUAUAAGUAUGACACAAACCAAAAAUAUUGUAAAACAGAAAUUAAUAAAAGAGAAGGGUUCAAAAUUAAAACGGAAAAUGAAGAUUAUACACAUAAUUCUAAAAAUAACUCCAAUAUAAGUAAUUCUGAUUCAAAAAUUAAAAGUGUGUCAUCAAGACGGCAGUCACCUAAUAAAGAAUAUUCAGAUUCACGACGCAAUACAGAAUUCGAAAAAAAUCAAGAUGAUAAAAUUGAGAACAGGAAAACUUUUAAGUCGUAUGAAAAUGACAAUAACCGUUUACUGGAUAACGACACACCUUUAAGACGUAGAUCACGGUCAACUGAAAGAAGGAAGAAAAGACUUACAUCUGAGUCAAGUGAAGAUUAUCCGGAAAAAUAUAGGUAUAAAACAUCAAAAUCUAAAUCAUCAAAAUCGAAGAAGCAUAGAAGAGAUAAACACAAGUACAAAUAUAGUUCUUCGGAUGAUGAUAAGAAGCACAAAAAGAAAACGAAAAAAAGCAGAAAAUCUAGAUCUAGAUCUAGAUCAAGAAAUAGAAGAUAGAUAAUUUGACAAUGGUAAUUUCAAAAAGAAAAAAACAAUAAAAUAAAAUU